GGAGUUUUUUGCCCCGUGUGGGAGGUGCGGGGCCGGGAGACUGUGCUUGCGGUAGCGGGUGUUAGCAACAUGUCCCGAGGUUCCAGCGCUGGCUUUGACCGCCACAUUACUAUUUUUUCACCCGAGGGCCGCCUCUACCAAGUCGAAUAUGCUUUUAAGGCUAUUAAUCAAGGUGGCCUUACAUCAGUAGCUGUCAGGGGGAAAGACUGUGCAGUAAUUGUCACACAGAAGAAAGUACCUGACAAAUUAUUGGAUUCCAGCACAGUGACUCACUUAUUCAAGAUAACUGAAAACAUUGGUUGUGUGAUGACAGGGAUGACAGCUGACAGCAGAUCCCAGGUACAGAGAGCUCGCUAUGAGGCAGCGAAUUGGAAGUACAAGUAUGGCUAUGAAAUUCCUGUGGACAUGCUAUGUAAAAGAAUUGCAGACAUUUCUCAGGUCUACACACAGAAUGCUGAAAUGAGGCCUCUUGGUUGUUGUAUGAUCCUAAUAGGUAUAGAUGAAGAACAAGGCCCUCAGGUGUACAAGUGUGAUCCUGCAGGCUACUACUGUGGGUUUAAAGCCACUGCAGCGGGAGUUAAACAAACUGAGUCCACCAGUUUCCUUGAAAAAAAAGUGAAGAAGAAAUUUGAUUGGACAUUUGAACAGACAGUUGAAACUGCAAUUACAUGUCUGUCUACUGUGCUGUCAAUCGACUUCAAACCUUCAGAAAUUGAAGUUGGAGUGGUUACUGUUGAAAAUCCUAAGUUCAGGAUUCUUACAGAAGCAGAAAUUGACACCCACCUUGUUGCUCUUGCGGAGAGGGACUAGACAUAAUAGGUUACUAAAUCCAUGAUACCGCUUUCCACUGUUGUUUGCUAUAAACAAACCAACAUUGUGGAGGCCCUGGGUUGAACCUCUUCCACUCCGCCUACUCCUUAAGUGGUUAGGACUCUGUAUAAAUAAAAACAAUGCUUUUGGAAAAUAA